CGAGCGGUCGCUUCCGGUUCCGGACGCAGAGGCCCCACGUGUUCCGACCCGCUGGACCCCGCGCGACUCGGAUCCCACUCCGCUCUUUCGGCCGGGAGUGGGUGGGGAGCACCGGCCAGGGGAGGAGCCGCUGGAGCCGCGGGAGACGUCCCUUAGGAGGAGCCCCUUGAGUUACCCAGUCUGAAAUACGUUAAUGCCAGUCUGAGAGCUAAAUGGUGUGAUAACACGAAGAGCCAGGAAAUGGCAACAGCCUUGGAGCCAGAGGACCAAGAUCUUUGGGCAGAAGAAGGCGUCCUGAUGGUGAAGCUGGAAGAUGAUUUCACCUGCGGACCAGAGUCCGCUUUGCAGGGGGAUGAUCCUGUGCUGGAGACCUCUCACCAGAACUUCCGACGCUUUCGCUACCAGGAAGCAUCUAGCCCUCGAGAAGCCCUCAUCAGACUUCGAGAGCUUUGUCAUCAGUGGCUAAGGCCAGAGAGGAGGACAAAGGAACAGAUCCUUGAGUUGCUCGUGCUGGAACAAUUCCUCACUGUCCUGCCUGGAGAGCUGCAGAGCUGGGUGCGUGGCCAGCGGCCAGAAAGCGGCGAGGAAGCAGUGACGCUGGUGGAGGGUUUGCAGAAACAACCCAGGAGACCAAGGCGGUGGGUAACCGUCCAUGUUCAGGGCCAGGAAGUCCUGUCAGAGGAGACACUACACCUAGAAGUGGAGCCGGAAUCUUCCAGUGAGCAACAAGAUCCAACACAGACCUUGACCCCUGAGCAGCCCCAUGAGGAAGCCCUCCAGAGCACAGAUCUGGGGACCCCGGAACAGGAGAGCUUGCAGCAUGAAGGGGAGCACCAGCCCCUGCAGGAAAGUGAGGUUCCUGUGUCCCAGGAUCCAGACCUUCCUGCAGAACAAGGGUCUGGACACCCAGAGAUGGUUGCUCUUCUCACUGCUCUCUCGCAGGGACUGGUCACAUUCAAGGAUGUGGCUCUGUGCUUCUCCCAGGAUCAGUGGAGUGACCUGGAUCCAACCCAGAAAGAGUUCUAUGGAGAAUAUGUCUUGGAAGAGGACUGUGGAGUUGUGGUCUCUCUGUCAUUUCCAAUUCCCAGACUAGAUGAUACCUCCCAGAUUAGAGAAGAAGAGCCUCAGGUCCCAGGUGUCCAUGAGUCUCAAGAGCCUGCAGAACCAGAAAUCCUGAGUUUUACAUACACAGGAGACAUGAGUGAUGAUAAGGAAGAAUGUGUUGAGCAAGAAAAUACAGACAAGUCUAUUUUGACAGACCCAGAAGUUCACAAGACUCCAGAUUGGGAAAUAGUCUUUGAGGAUGAUACAAGUAGACCUAAUGAGAGAUUUGCUACAAAUGUUUCUCAAGUUAAUAGUUUCACAAAUAUUAAGGAAACAGCGCCUGUCCACAACCUGGUAGGCAGGCAGCAUCACUGCCCUCUCUGUGCAAAGAGCUUCACAUGUAAUUCUCAUCUGAUUAGGCACUUGAGAACUCACACAGGAGAAAAACCCUAUAAAUGUAUGGAGUGUGGGAAAAGUUACACACGGAGCUCACAUCUUGCCAGGCACCAGAAAGUCCAUAAGACGAACACUCCUCACAAAAAUCCUCCAAACCGGAAGACUGUGGAUGGCCCUCUGGGCCAGUCCGAGGUAACUACCCGAGUGGAAAAACCAUACACCUGUGAUGAUUGUGGAAAACAUUUCCGUUGGACUUCAGACCUGGUCAGGCAUCAGCGGACGCAUACAGGAGAAAAACCUUUUUUCUGUACUAUUUGUGGUAAAAGCUUCAGCCAGAAAUCUGUGUUAACAACACACCAAAGAAUCCAUGCUGCAGGCAAGCCCUACUCCUGUAGGGACUGUGGUGAGGACUUCAGUGACCACAGACAGUAUCUGACACACCGGAAGACACAUGUGUCUGAGGAGCUCUAUCUCUGCAGUGAAUGUGGGCGCUCCUUCAACCAUAGUGCAGCAUUUGCCAAGCACCUGAAAGGCCACGCCUCAGUGAGGAACUGCCGGUGCGAUGAAUGUGGUAAAAGCUUUAGCAGGAGGGAUCACCUCGUCAGACAUCAACGCACACACACUGGGGAAAAGCCUUUUACUUGCACUACCUGUGGGAAAAGCUUCAGCAGAGGGUAUCAUUUAAUCAGGCAUCAGAGAAUCCACACAGUAAAGACCUAGCUAGGGCCAUGUGUGGAGAACUUAACUCAGCCCUCAACUGGGAUGGGAUGGGUUCUGUGGUCAACAUGAGAAGACCUUUUCUGAGGCAUCUCUUUGACCUGCCCAUAUCUUAUGUCACCUCUUCCAGCUACCAAACAAAAGGCCCAUCCAGAACUUCUCAGCUUUUCUCAGUUGAGGCUUCUGCUUCACUGGCAUGCUCCUGCCUGUACCUCAUGGCUGUGAAGUAGGAGAAGAAAUUUGGGUGGUUCUAUUUUGACAAACCUAGGCUGUUCUAGAUCCUCAAGACUACUCACCAGCCUCAGCUUCAGUGUGGUCAAGGAUGAGUCUUUACUUCUGAUAAAGGGCCAAUCUAAAGGGGUCUGUCCUUAUGGGCUCAAACCUUAAAGCACACAGCCCUAAAUA